AUGGCACCAGUCGAUUACAGCAUGAAAGGCUGGACGGGCCAUGAUGAUGCAUCUGAAAGUCGCUAUUAUAUUAAAGUAGAGGGGGGGGAGAAUCCUAGUUAUCAUGAAACUGCUCAGCAGUUGGGAAAACUGAUCGUGCAGGCUAUGACUUACCGUUUUGCCCUGCUACACUAUGACAGUUCGUCGAAGACAAUGGUUGAAUGGUGUUGGCCUGCCAAUGGCGAGGGACAGAAAAUUCCGCCAUCUAACCUGGAGGAUUGUCGUGCCGAAUACGAUUUCAAAUAUCUGUGCUGCCUAUGCGCUGACGACGGAGAGUACGUAGAGGCAGCAGUGUAUUCAUGGUGGAAUGAGACCACAAAGAAAACUUACUGGAUUGCAAGAUACCAAGAACAGAGUCAACGGACAAUCUCAGCUGUUAAAAUCAAGUGGACCAACCAGGAACAAAAAGAGUUGUUGAGAAAGCUUGACUUGUCUGAUGGCGAUGGGAUUGCUGCAAGGGACUUUCAGAUCCUGUUCAAAUGCUGCAAAAUAUGCAUGCGAGUAGGAGUAAGGCCAGCGAUGAAGCACCACAUCUGA